AUGACCGGAACUCAAGAUUUUGUCGGAGAGCCCUUUCUAGCUGAUAUCCAAAUCCCGGCUUCCCUGUGCGGCGAGAUCAUUAGAGAAAGAGUUUCAUGCUAUCGCCGUACACGAGUACUACCAAAUCAGCUAACUCCAUGUACAUUCGAAGACAGAGAACGCUAUCGACAAACUGUUGAAGACUGCCCAAUGGGCGCAUGCAAUAGAACACAUGGUUUCUACAACAGAGAAAAUGGGCUUUUUGACAAGUUUUUGGCUUUAGUUCAUACACUUGAACAUGCCAAAGCGUUGGCCUUUUCGUUCGGUUCGGCAGACGGCGUCGAAAACAGGCUGGAAACAAGUGAAACCAAACUUGGUUCAAGCGGAUACCCCACCACUAAGGACAUGCCUGAUCAAUUCAAGCCUCCCACUUCGAAAGAAAUGUGUGAGUAUGCUCUACACCCACUGUUCAUUACCCUUCUGGCUUUUCAUUACGGUGGGCCUAUCAACGCGGCCUUUUCUAUCCACGAUCAUGAACGGAAAUCCCCGGAGGACACUUCAGAGGACAAUAUGACCUUGUACAGAGAAGAUAAUGAGGGUAGGAUAUUUAACGGAAUCCGAAUAACCGUGGUAUGGGAAACGUGCAAGGACAAGACAAAAGGGUCUUUGGAGAGACACACUGUGUUUCUGGCCGGUGAGACGACGCCUCGGCCACUUGUAAGCUUAUGUGCUCAGGAGCAGGAUUGUGGUGACUCGCCUGUUGUCAUAAUUUACGACUCACGUUGUGCGUGUCUGUACUACGAUGGUGAGGAUCCAGGCGCCGUACGUCACAGCAUUAGCUUUGAUUUUCACCUCAAAACUAUCAGUAACGAGGACCUCGAGCUGUUGAGUACGCCUCCUCAGUUGCGUUCUCGUCCAGGUUUAUCUCUGGCUGAAUUGAUUACCCGAUUUCCCGUUAUGGAUUACGUCACUCACUUUCAUAACCUGCUAUUCGACACAGAAGUACCGAAAGCAACCCUGGCGAGACUUUCCAACAUAAUUGAAAUGGCAGGAAAACUGAGGCAUAUGCUUCUGGAUAUCCCAAGGGCGGUGAACAACACUUAUCUGAUAGCCGUAUACCCUUCAUUUGCUAGCUUCAGAGAGAAGGUGGCUCAAAGAGCACGUUUGUACCUGCUCACUACUCCCAAUGCGAUGUUGUUCCCCGAAUCGUCAAUCCAGGAGACCAUAGAAAAUGCACGCCAGCUGAUCCGAGGUUUUCCUGAAGAACUGAUAUCGAAGCGCAUCAGGCAUUACGAUUCAACUCUUACACGUAAUCCGUAUACGUACGAAGACUUGUUGCCAACUUCCAAAAUACAGAGUCUUGUUGGAGCUCUGAACGCGGGCUACCUCAAGCUUAUUGGAGUUGGGUUUGUCCACGAAUCGGUUUGUCUUUACUCGAUGUCCGCACUAGCCCCCGCUUUUGGAAGGGCGAUCAACAAGCCUAAGUACUAG